GACUGCCUAAUUGGUAUGAAUUAACCUCAGUUCUGAUUGGCUGGCUAGACCCAAUGAACAGAAUUCCAUCUAGGCUGAGUUCUUGGACUUGUUCCGGCUGCAAGGGAGGCCCUGCUGAAGCGAACUAGCGUGUCGUUGUGAUGUAACCCACUCCUGGUAAAUGGGGGAGAUCAGCGCAGUGAUCGCAAGUACAGGUGUCACUGUUUCUGGGUGGACAAAAAUAUAAGCAGCACAAAGAUGGCGGCCUCCUUACUGCGUAUAGGUCGAGUCGGGUCUCUCAAGAUUGCUACCCAACUAGGAAACAGGCAGCGCAGUGAAACAUUCCGAGUUCUGUGUCUGCAGCUGGAGAGCUGGGGUGUUUUGACGAGAGCCCCGGCUGCUGCCCUCUGCACCAAGGCUGAAGGGCCCAAGCCAGUAAAAAAGGCUCCAGCUAUAGAGGCCCUGGAUGACCGGGCCACGCUGCUGGCCUACAAGACCACUGUGGCCUUUCCCGCUAAGCUUUGUACCCCGGGCCUCUCUCCUGAGCAGGCUGUAGUUGGUGUUGACCAAGGUGCAACCUCCCUCACUGAAGCAGCAGUGGUAGCAGCAGUGCCGCUUCAACAAGCUGCUUCCACUGCUCUGGAAGAGCCCAGCCUUGCCCAAACACUUGUGGACCAUGCCCCCUCUGCUGCAGACACCAAAGUUGCAGCUGAAGCCAUCAUAGCUGAAACCGUAAUUGCAGAAGCCCCCGCAGCUGAAACGGUCGUUGCCGGAGCAGACGCAGGUGAAGCAGUUGUUGCAGAAGCAGUCACAGCUGAAGCAGUUGUUGCAGAAGCAGUCGCAGCUGAAGCAGUUGUCGAAGAAGCAGUCACAGCUGAAGCAGUUGUUGCAGAAGCAGUCGAAGCUGAAGCAGUUGUCGAAGAAGCAGUCGCAGCUGAAGCAGUUGUCGAAGAAGCAGUCGCAGCUGAAACAGUUGUCGAAGAAACAGUCGCAGCUGAAGCCGUUGUCGAAGAAGCAGUCGCCGCUGAAAAAGUUGUUGAAGAAGCAGUCGCCGCUGAAACAGUUGUCGAAGAAGCAGUCGCAGCUGAAACAGUUGUCGAAGAAGCAGUCGCCGCUGAAAAAGUUGUUGAAGAAGCAGUCGCAGCUGAAGCAGUUGUCGAAGAAGCAGUCACAGCCGAAGCCGUUGUUGCAGAAGCAGUCGCAGCCGAAGCAGUUGUUGCAGAAGCAGCCGAAGCAGUUGUUGCAGAAGCAGCCGAAGCAGUUGUUGCAGAAGCAGUCGCAGCCGAAGCAGUUGUUGCAGAAGCAGUCGCAGCCGAAGCAGUUGUUGCAGAAGCAGUCGCAGCCGAAGCAGUUGUUGCAGAAGCAGUCGCAGCUGAAGCAGUGGUUGCAGAAGCCGAAGCAGUCGCAGCCGAAGCAGUUGUUGCAGAAGCCGAAGCAGUCACAGCCGAAGCAGUUGUUGCAGAAGCUGAAGCAGUUGUUGAAGAAACAGUUGCAGCUGAAGCCCCUGCAGAAGCAAUUGCAGCUGAAGCAGUUGCCGCAGAAGCCCCUGCUGCUGAAGCAGUUGUUGAAGAAGUUAUCACAGCGGAUGCCCCUCCAGCUGAACCAGUCAUAGUGGAAGAGGCAGCCCCUGAGGCUGAAGCAAUUGUCGCAGCUUCUGCCAGCAGUUCUGGGCCCCCUGCUGAUGAAGCAUCUUCUUCCUCCUCCAGUGACUCGGACUCGGACUCAGACUCUGAUUCAGAGGAUGAGAAGGCGGGAACAAAGCUGAUGGCUGACACCCAUACGGAAGCUGUGACUGAGACCAAGGAGGCCCUGAUCCUGACAGCGGUGGAGCAGCCCAGCAAGCCACAGGACGAUGGAGAAUUGAAAGUAGAGGUGGAAGCUGGCCCAGCAGAUUCUGUGGAGAUACUGCCUGAAGCCGCACCAGAUGUCACCAUUCCCAUACUGGCUGCCAGCCCAGAAGCUACGCCAGAAGUUACUGUGGUUGCCGUGGAAGUUCCUUCAGAAACCAGUGUGCCCGAUUUUCCUGCUGAUGCUGCUGAGUUGGGUGCUGCCUCUGUUGUGAGUUCGGAGGACCUAGUUGACCCUGCACCUGUGCGAGCAACCGCCCCUGAAGAAAUGCCCUCUGAUCCAACCGUGGAAACUGCUGCUGAAGCAGUCUCUGAAGAGCUUGUUGCUGAAGCUGUGCCCGAGGAAGCACUAGAAGUUCCAGCUGAGCCGGAAGUUGCUGCCGCAGAGCAGUUAGCCGCUGCAGCUGAGCCGGAAUUUGUUGCAGAUGGAGCUGUGCUUGAAGCUUCCACCGAAGUUGUUCCUGCUGCAGAAAUUACCUUGGCAGAAGCUGUGGCCAACGUUGCUGUUGCCGAAGCCGCCCCUGCAGAAACCAUCGCAGAAGUUGCAGAGGCUGCUGCUGAAGCAGAAGUUGCUGCAGAAGUGGCAGCUGAAGCCACUCCUGCAGAAGCUGAGCCCACUGCAGAAGUUGCAGAAGCUGCUGCUGCUGAAGCAGUAGUUGCUGCAGAAGCUGUGAGUUCUGAGGAGCUGGUUGAUGCAGCUCCUGUAGUAGCUGAAGCUGCAGGAGAAGAGCUUCCUUCAGAGGCCCUCGCUGAAGCUGUGGAGUCGCCUGAGGCUGCUGCCCCUCCAGAACCCGAGCCUGAGCCCUUUGACAACAGCACUUACAAGAACCUGCAGCACCACCACUACCACAUGUACACCUUUGUGGAUAUGGACGUGGAGAUGGCCAAAUAUAGGCUACCUCAGCCCUCCUCUGGACGGCCUUCCCCCAGACAUUGAGUUCCCCUGCCUGGAGCUGAAACCCAAGACACCCCCGCCCCCGCCCCUGUCUGCGUGUGUCCUUUAAUUAAUGUCCCUGUUUAUCCAUGCAUUUCCUAACACACUUGUAAUUCUGAUGAUAAAAUAUAAGAGUCUAAGUA